UGCUUGUCAAGGACGUCAUGCAUGAAAAGGAUGAUUCAAAACAAAAUUUUCAAAUAUUGAUGUAGCAAAGUUGGUAUUUUUCAAGUAAAAUCUCCCGAUUCCUGUGAAUUCCAGUAUUCAACAGUAAGCCACCCAGAUGAGGAUGACGGCGCCGACAAAAAUUAUGCUAAUUGCAUGCGGGUCGUUCAAUCCGUGCACCCCGAUGCAUUUCCGGAUGUUUGAAAUCGCUCGGGACCAUUUUAACCAGAUGGGAACGGCAGAGGUUGUCGGUGGCAUUGUUUCCCCGGUGCAUGACUCGUACGGCAAGAAGGGGUUGGUGUCCGCUAGCCACCGGUGCACCAUGAUUAAAAUUGGCCUGCAGUCCUCGGACUGGGUCCGGCUCUCCGACUGGGAAACGCAGCAGGAAGAGUGGACCAGAACCAGGCUGACGCUUCAGUAUCAUCAGAACUGCAUCAACUCGGUGCUGAAGGAUUCCAACAGCAUCAAUGACCAGCAGAUUCCUUCCUGGUUGCCAGAGGGAUUGAACAAAAUGACCGGCCACGUCCAGCUGAAGCUGCUGUGCGGGGCUGACCUUUUGGAGUCGUUUGCGACGCCAGGUUUGUGGAAGGACGAAGACAUCGAAGCCAUCAUCGGUCAGCACGGUUUGGUGGUGAUCUCGCGAGCCGGAUCCAACCCUGAGCAGUUUAUAUUCAACUCGGAUUUGCUCAGCAGAUACAGACGAAACAUAACUAUUGUGACAAACUGGGUGACAAAUGAUGUGAGCUCGACCCUUGUUCGUCGUUUGCUGGGCAGAGGACUGUCGGUAAAAUAUUUACUGGACGACUAUGUUACAGAGUACAUCAAGAAGCACCUCCUGUACGGCUCGAGUGCAACUAAGUUCAAUUUAACCCCAAAUACUGGCGUGGAAGUUAUGAGUAUUUCACCAGUUUCACCUGUAAAUGAUAACGAAGAUUACAUUGAGUGUCAAAACCAGCUGAACACGCUCAACUCCGAAUCCAUGGAUGAAACGGAUUUUCCGCGCAACGCAUUGAACCGUGUUUUUUGCUGUGGCACCGAAAACGAUGCCAAGAAUUCGGCCAAAAACAUGCGCGGAUUUUUGUCUGCUCCGGGCGGAGCAGUUCAGAUUAUCACCACAAAGGCAACGACAGCAGCAUCCGUUACGCCCGAUUCCGCGAUCGAUACGGUUUCAUAUCGCACAGCAGACGAAAAGGUGGGUGAAGAGGUGGAAAAGAAAUCGCUUGCACAAAACAAUCGCACCAGCACACCAACAGUCACAAAGCCGGCGUCGGAAGUCUGUUCCGACGCGGCUCCGGCAGCUAGUCCCGCUUCGAAGGAAGAAUCCACGGGAAGGGUCAGCCCAGCGAAAAGCUACGACGAUAUGAUCAAGUUUGUUUUCACAGAGCACGGCAUCAAGGUUAUAAGUGAUCGGGAGUACGUCGUUUAGGGCGCAACCACAUUUUAGCUUGUGAGGGUAAUUUGCUUUCGUUGAACCCUGUCCAAAAUGCAUGCCCAUCUAUCGAAAUGCACGCCUUUUUCUAGUAGAUUUCUUACUUCUAUUUCUAUGAAAUGUUUCAGUUUCAAUCAAUCUAACUGAAUGUCUAUCCCUUUCUCUAUAAAACCAGGUUGUCCCCAAAAAGUUGAAACUUUCGGCGGUUCCAGUGUAAUUUCCGCAGCUGUAACAUUGGUAGAACAACUUUAUUGAGAAUAUUUAACUAAAAUUUCUUCAGUUAAUCUCUUAGUUUUAGCACUGUUUUUUGAUUUAUUUUUAUCCUAUUUAUUACAACGAUUUAAUUAAGUUUGCUCAAGUGUUGUUAUUUUUUAAUCUGAACAAUUUAUAAUUGUUACUUACUGAAAAGAUUAUCGCUUUCUAUCAAUUAAGUCAAACAAACACAAAAAAGUUUAUGGUAGCGCCAGGCGAGUUUGCUAAAUAAAACUCUUGAUUAGUUUGAAA